CCACUCUGCGCCAAGGAGCUUGUACGAGGCGGAAGCCGAGGGGCCACACGAAAAUGCGCUCCGAAAGACCGAACCGCACGCCGCCGGAGAAAAUCUAUAAAACUCGCCCGGUUUCGGCGAAAUGCAGCACACUUUUCCCGUUGGCCUUGUGAGGCGAAAGUGAUCGUACACGACGCUGUGUAGUGAGUUGCGCUAGUGAUCGUAAAGGAAUCGGACGCUUGCGUCCAGAAAAGUGCAUCCGAGGGAAUCUUUAGAAGAAGAAGAUCUUUGUGAACAGUAAAAAAGGAGUUUAAGUGAAAGGAUAUUAUUACAACAGACACAAAGAUGACUUAUUUAAGUGUUCUAGUGGCGUUCGUAGUGGUGCUCACUAUGGUGAGCACAGUGUUUGCCGGGCGUACCUUAUAUCUCGGUCGGGAACCGCCUCGUACAUUGCAAAUGAUCGGUUCCGCUAAUCCACGAAUGCUGCACAAGAUCAGUACGGAUCUUCAGCCCGACACCUCCAAAGUGAUACACAUUCAGGUGCCUUACUACAUUGAACGUCCGAAACCGCGCACCAAGAAGUUCCAGCCUUGGGUACCGCGCGGCCAACGGUUCGUAUCUUCAUCGGGUCCCGGAUCACUGCAACAGCAUCUCGCUUCCGGUCCGGUUACGUUCGGUACGCCUUUCCCCGCAAGGGAAGCUCCUUUCAAAGCGAAACCGAUCCUACCGAACGAAUUUCUCGCUAAUCCAGGACCGUACGAUACACCGUUUGUGCCGGUGAUGAAACCCAGCCCAGUGAACCCACUACACAUGGAGCAACCAGCACCGGAGAUUAUGUUCGAACCUAUCAGCAUCCUACCGCUAGAAUCGCCCUCGUUCGCGACCAUACGCAACCAUGUGAACUAUCUGAAGCAGAAGCAGCAUGCGUUCUUUGAGGGACAAGGACGAGAGUUCGGUUUGGGUGGUGCCACAAUACCGGACGAGUUGGAAUACUUCAGUGAGCAUGAGAAACGACUCGGCGACGGAUCGGUACACAAUGGAGACUCGGAUCGAACGGGUGGUGAACGGAACACACUUUCUGAGCAUGAUUUUGGACAGAACGAUCGGAAGUAUGAUCGACGGGGUAAGGCUAUGAGACCGGUGCAGAAUGAGGAGGAAGAGGAGGAGUCCGACGAGGAGGAUUUCUAUGACUCCGAAGGCAAGCAAUAUCAGGAUGAUGAUUUUGAGGACUCACGUGACGAGACGGAUCGAGCGGCUGCAUUCGAGCCGAAGAAGGUAUACACACAAGUAAGACAUCGUGAAAUAGUUCGACAUGUUCCACGAUCGGGCCGUGAGGAGAAUGUGGACGAAAAUGAAGAGGAAGAUGAGGAAGAGAAUGAAAAUCAUGAAGAUGGAAAAGAAAAUGGCAAAGAAGAAUCAGAUAAACAAGAUGAGGAUGAUGAAGAAGACGACGAGGAGGAAGAUGGUGAUCAUCAAGAACGGCACCAUAAACGACUCCCAAUUCGCGAACGUCUUAACCUGCAGCGUAAGAACAUCGUCUACUCGGAGAAGGGACAUCAGGCGGACAAGUUUGAUCACGGUUCGGAAGAAUCUUUUGGCGAGUUCGAACAGCAGGAGGAACCAAAACCAAAGCGACGUAACAGAAUAAAACGAUCGACUGAGGAGACGUCAGCACCGGCAGUAUCUAACAGGACACUUUCUGACCAAAUUGUAGAUGUGCUUGCUAUGGUGAUCUUGGGUAAUGAAACACUACCACUUCCCGAGGCGUUAACCGAUCCGCGUGAACUACAAGGUGAGGAGUUGAUCAAGUUUCUUGAUGAAGCGAUCCAAAACACCACACAGUAUCUUCCCGAAGGACGGCUAAGAGACGGAGAAGUUAUCAGCAUCGUAUCCCCACCGAGCAAUGUGGUAAAGUUCCCGUACUACAACCGUCCGGCAAGUGAGAUCGACGUUGAUUCCGCGUUACGAUAUGCGGAAAAUUUAACCAGCUUCAGUACCGGACUUUACGGUGCCAAAUCGAUCGACGGUGUGGAGUGUAACGAGGUGGAUGUGGAGCUAGAGGACGAACCGGAACCGAUCGCGGAAGAUACGUCCGGUGAAGGUUUCAAACCGAUUCGACGACUCAAGGGACUGGGCGAUAAGAUAGAUUGCUUGAAGCGAAAACACUUCGGCAGCGAACCGCUCGAUAAUCCGCUGUUCCGCGAGGAGUUUGUUGGGGUAGCGCCCAGGAAGAUGUACGUUGGCAAGGGUACAACACCAGCCGUACCCGAGCAACAGAAGCAGCAACCGCAACCGAAUCCAGCCGUGGCUGUUUAUAACGAUGUGAUACGUCACAUUAAGAAACAUCUCGCAAGUCAGCAGCGGCGCAAGAACUCCAAAGCGGACACGGACCAAGACACCGUGAUGAUUGCUGUACCGCGCAUUCUGCGAUUAGAUCGCGAUGAUCCCGAACUGUCCGGAACACAUCUCAAACGUGAAGCACGGUUAGCAUUCCCACAGGCGAACCCACUGCCCGUCUCUAAUCACAUCAGUGUGCCGAUCUUCGACAUCAGCAAGUUUGUGCCCCGGUUUAUGAUGCGCCCGAAUGAGGAUCUCUUUGCGGAACAGGACCAUCACGUGACGACUGUAAGACCACGGCUAAGCAAACCCAGCGUACGUCUACAAACGUUGGUACGAACGGCGGAACAGCUGGCAGAAGGUGCGGUCUCCGUUGAGGAAGGAGUGGAGCAGAUACUGACCACGGAGAAAAAUCCCGAGCGGGACGAUAUAGCGGAUGCGUUCGAUGAUGUACUGGCGAAACCGAAUCAAGUGCCCGCUCCACUACCACCAAUAAAACCGUACAGUGUCGUCGAGAAGGACACCAAAGACAGUGGCCCGGAAGCGACAUUCAACAAAUCGGGACCACCGUAUACAGCGCUUGCACUAGAACCACCGGUAGCGCAAAGCAUCCUGAAGCAGCGUAUUGCUCCGCUGGAGCGUAAUCAUCUCGAUCUAGCAAAGCCGAAACGAUCUCCAAUGAAGAAGAUACCGCGAAAGUCACGAAGACCUUCGGUCACACGGAAGAAGGUGCUCGUAUUCUAUCACUAAAAUGGUGAAGGUGAAGCACCAGAUCGAGAUAAUGGUUGUAUUAUUAUCUAGUGUUAUUUAUUUGCUAAAAAUGUACCUAUAGUUACACACGAACGUACACGAAUACUUUCAGUUCCUUUAAAAAAUGGUUUCUUCUCGUAUAGUAGACCAAUACACCGUGACUUACACUAAUGGACAAUCUUCGAAUGACAGCAAAAGCAUCUGACACCUUUGCUGUCAAAGUGUUGUUUUGAAAACACUCUCUUUGGCGGGAAAGUGACAAUAGUAGUGACAUGUAGUAACGAAAACCUAAUGUGAAACAAGUCAUAAGAUGGAAAAGAAUGCAAUGCCACGAGUGGUACACACCUAUGCGCCAGGUGGCACACAAAACAAAACAAGAGCACUAAGGAAAAGGAAAUGCGCAACACAGCGGCGAUAGAGAGUGGUAAUUUUCGUUUUAAUUACAAAAGGGGAAACACAUAAACAGAAGAAGAAGAGGGAAAAAGAUCAAUUGAAUUUUGUUUUCAUAGACCAACAACAAAAAGACCCCGAGAGGAUGUUACAAAAAAAGAGAAGAAAAAAAAAAUCACAUACACAACAAACAAUUCACCACACCGAUCGGCACAUCGUUCGCUAAUUAAAGAGAGUAAGAUUUCACCCGCCUAUAACCUCCAUGUGUUGGGUUCCCUAUUAAUUGAAAGUGAACACACAUCAACGGUGCUGCGUGUGCAGCAUCAUCCACCAAUACGGGUGGGCAGCAAAAGGAGGACGUUAAUAGCAUCCACCUACAUUUCCGAAUGCACUUUCCGGUACUCGGACAACUCCGUGUGGGGUUGGAAGCUUAGCUGGUAGUAAACAAAUCGCAUCGAUACAAACAGGGCGAGAUUUCUAGCGGUCUCUCUACAAUACGGAGAUCCAUUCAGAAGCGUAGCGAAGGAAGCAUGGCAAGUCAAAAGUCCCGGCCUUGAUGAGAAAGUUCAGCGACACACGAUAAACGUCAUAGCAUAGGUGACAGAUGUGAAAAUGUGACCUCUCCACAAGGAAAGGGAACAGGUUGAAUGGUCAAUUGUGACGAGUGUGAAGUUAUGCAACAUUGUGCACAAACGAUGAUUAGUGUGUUAAUUAGAAGAGGGUCUGCUGCUAGGUCUGGCCGAUUAAUUGAUCCCCCCGCGGUGAGAAGAUAAAACAGUAAAGUGAUGGGAGAAAAAAUGAAUACAGAUGUGAAAGAUGAAGAACCACAGUAAUGCACGCCCUUGAGGACACAUUACAUUGUAAAUGCUUCGUUAAUUUUAAUAAACUCAUCAACAUGCUUGUCAUGCUUGUUAAAGUAAA